AUGUUAAUGGCUAUUAAAGCAGCGGCUACUCUACGCGCGUCUGGUGUCAUCGCGUUCUUACUUUACACUAGUUUCGGAUCUAGGCGAGGCGACAUGCCUCACCUUGAUCCGCAACGUGCCUCGAGCCUAUGCCUCGGAGUGAGCAGCCUCGGUUUGCUUCAAGUCGAGGCUGCUCGGCCUGAGGCUGCUCUAAUGGAUACGCACCUUUAG